CGCCCCCCCCGCUCCGCGCCCCCUCCCCGCCUUGCAGAAAUGGGGGGAGGGGGGCAAGGGAAGGACAGCAGCGGGGCGCCGAGCCCCCUCACUCCACCCAGCCACUUAGGCCCACGGCUGCUGCUAGGGGAAAGGAGCCAUCGCGACCCUGCAGAGGCAAACGAGCACGUUUCCCGGGAGGGAGAGGGCGCCAGCCCGUCCCUCCCGUGCCGACUGAUUGGCCGGGGCCGGGUGCCAGGAGGCCGGGAGCGGGGCCUGGCCGGCCCCGGCACAACCCCGGCCCCCGACAUGGCGUCGCAGGUGCUCUCCAAGGCCCUGGUCACCGCAAAAUGGCUCUCAGAGGCCAUCCGGGCCCAGCGGGUCGGGCCGAGCUUGCGGGUGCUGGACGCCUCCUGGUACCCGCCUCAGGAGCGAAACGCCCGGCAGGAGUUCAAGGAGAGCCACAUCCCUGGAGCAUCGUUUUUUGACAUUGAGGAGUGCAGGGACAAGUCGUCCCCGUACGACUUCAUGCUGCCCAGCGAGGCCCACUUCGCCGACUACGUGGGACACCUGGGGAUCAGCAAUGACACCCACGUGGUGUUGUACGAUGGGGACAAGCUGGGCACCUUCUACGCCCCCCGUGCCUGGUGGAUGUUCCGGGCCUUUGGGCAUAAAGAUGUCUCCGUGCUGAACGGCGGCUUCAAGAACUGGGUGAAGGAGGGCCACCCCGUGACGGCAGAGAUCAGCCAGCCGGCACCGGCAGUCUUCAAGGCCACGCUGAAUAAAGCCCUGCUGAAGACCUUUGAGGAGAUGAUGGAGAACCUGAGUUCCCGGCAGUUCCAGGUGGUGGAUUCCCGCCCAGAGGGCCGAUUCCGAGGGACCGAACUAGACCAAGGGCUGGAAUCUGGUCAUAUUCCCGGUUCUGUGAACAUACCAUUCCACUCAUUCCUAACAGAAGCUGGCCAUGAGAAGAGUCUUGAGGAGAUCCAACAAAUGUUCCAGGAGAAAAAAGUCGAUCUCUCAAAGCCACUGACUGCUACAUGCCGCAAAGGGGUCACAGCAUGCCACAUUGCCUUGGCAGCCUACCUGUGCGGCAAGCCUGAUGUAGCUGUUUAUGAUGGUUCCUGGUCAGAGUGGUUCCAUCGUGCCCCACCUCAGUACAAGGUCUCUGAGUUGAAGCGCAACAAGGCCUAGAAGGAAAAUUAUUGCCUUGGGCAAUGAAUCUAGCAGCCGUCUUCAGCUCAGAGCAGAGGGAAAGAGGAGGUGGAAGUAUAGGAAAAACAUGGUGGUUUAUAUUUGGUCAAUUUUUCUAAGAAUGAUCAGUAGAGUUUUUAUCCCAUCUUUCAAUUUCUCAUAAUGAAUAAAAUCUGCUGCUAAGAUGA